GAAGUUUAAUUUCCUUGACGCUAUAGAUAUCACUAGAGAAUUCCUGGAUGAUUGAACCUGCACCGAAUCGGUUGGAAACGUCUCCACCCUCCACUGUUUCCCUGAAGAAAAACUACAUAUUACGCCCAAUAGGACCCACAAUGAGCCCUUAAUUGGGGCGCGCAUGUUUUCUCAGCGUGUCUCUGUAACUAAGCGGCUGGGUCCUGUGUGAUCCAUAGAGCAGGUACUUGAGGAGAGCAGAAGUAUUGGCAGCUCUGGUCCAAUCAGAUGCCUUCCUGCGCAGCCUCAAGACACAUUGAAGGUUGCAGGCGCGUUACUUGGCGCACUGAAACCCUCAGAGCGCGUAGACUUCUUGGAUCAGGGCAAUUUGCAGCAGCAGCACUGUUGAGUUUUGCAGCAGCAUCUCAACUGCACGAGCUUAAAAACACUCUUUGGUCAUGGUGCAUCUUUGAGACUUAUUUUCCAGCAAGAGGAAGAACACUUCAUAUUUUCUUCUUGGUUCCUAUUUCUGCAAGAAGAAGAUGUUUUCCACUGCAGGAAAGCGCUGCUUCACGAUAGAGUCUCUGGUCGCUAAAGAGAAUCCUCUGAUGUCCGAGGAGCCCAUCCGCCCCACGGCUUUAAGUUACUCCAACCCGACGACAGAUGCCUUAAUGAACAGUUACCAGCAUCCAGCGGGCCGGACCAUAUACCAGAGCCCUGAGCUGAUGUUCCCGGACACGGUGAACCACCCCUCCCUCACCGUGGCCCCUCACCAGCUGGGAGGCUCGCACCACCUGCAGCAUCCGCACUUCUUCGGCUCGCAACACCGAGACCCGCUCAACUUCUACCCCUGGGUGCUACGGAACAGGUUUUUCGGACACAGAUUUCAAGGUAACGAUGUGUCCCAGGACAGCAUGCUCCUCCACGGUCCUUUCGCCAGGAAACCCAAGCGCAUCCGGACCGCCUUCUCCCCGUCUCAGCUCCUCCGCCUGGAGAGAGCCUUCGAGAAGAACCACUACGUCGUCGGAGCCGAGAGGAAGCAGCUCGCUAACAACUUGAAUCUAUCUGAAACACAGGUGAAGGUGUGGUUCCAGAACAGGCGGACUAAGUACAAGCGACAGAAGCUGGAGGAGGAGGGCCCGGACAGCCAGCAGAAGAAGAAGGGGAACCACCACAUCAACAGAUGGCGCAUGGCCACCAAGCAGCCAGGCUCCGAGGACAUAGACGUGACCUCGGAGGACUAAAACCUCCCACAAUGCUGCCCUAAAAACCAGAGGACCAACACUAUUUAUUAUGUAAUAUUAUUAAGUAUAACUAGAGACAUUAGAAAAAGGACUAAAUCACUGCACAUCUCUUCAUCGUGGUGACACUGGAGAAAAACAUCUUAUUUAAUGACUUCCAUCCUGAAUGUCUCUGAAUGAGUAUAAUAAUCUUUGGUGAGACGACCAAAGAUGAAGAGAAACAUCAUCUAUCAUUGUCUGUUUUUUUAAAUAUUGUACAUAGUCCACGUAUAAAGGUUGUUUUUUGAAAGAGGCUAUUUGUUUCAUUAAAGCUGUUUCUACCACCUGCUUAGGUCAUUAACACCUCGUCGCUCCCCCCAUUAAAUCGGCCACCUGUGUACCGACUUAAUUUAAAAUUCUCCUCUAUGACAGGAAAUGUUUUAAUCCACCAAGUGAGCCCGGAAAACAGGCUUUCCAGAAGAGCAAGAUACUCAAGGAAGAUCCCAAUUUUGCAGCGUGAUUUUAUUGUUACUGCUGGGACCCGUUCCCGCGCUCCGCUCUGCUUCAUAAUGAACAUUUCUGCACAAAAAUGGCUAUUGCCGACCAGCUGUGCGUGACUUUGGGACAGACAAGAAGCUGCAGAGACCUUGGAAAUUAGGAGCGAGUUGUGCCACAGGUGCCAUGCCACAUUUGUCAUUUGUGGUGUGAUGGAUGACUUCAUUAAAGUGUAGUACAGAACAUAUAAGAACAUACUUUUCAAGCAGCACACUGGUAGUACAAAAAAAAUAGUUUUAGAAAUAAAGCUAUCUCAUUGAGACAAUGUAUAUGUUUUUGUGUAAUUCAGCUCUCACUUUGUAACAUAGUGUCAAACAGCCUGAAGAGACAGCAUUAUUAUUUUUUAUCCAACAAGAUUUCAGCUGCAGAUUUCACCCAUUAGUUCCGCUGCCGAUGAAGGUGAAGCUGAAGGUGCAAAUCAGUGUGAAACAUGCUGCUGCAGCGUUUGAUUGGAACAAAAACCCCACAGACACUCGGGCUACUAUGGCAUAUCAAGUUGUGAUCAGUGAAAUUCAACAAGGGUUGUCCCUGUUCAGGUUGUUUAAUGCAUUGAACUAGAGCUAAAGGGUACUCGCACAACCAAACAAAAAGUAAAAAUAAAAGGUUGGCUUCUAUUGCUGUUAUUGCAGUGUUGCCCUUGCCCAGUUUGGCAAACAUGGGAUGGAGGGGAACGUGAGCUCAGUGUGUUGCUCUGUUAAGAUGGAGAUGCUUAAGAGGUUUUUACUGCGAGCAAAAUAAUCAGCCAAAGUCUCCUCUCCAAAACAAAUGGGCACACAAGUUAAAAGCGGUAAAAACACUGUAACAUGCAGAGUCAUGCUAAAAAAUCAUUAGGGUGUGU